UCGCUUGUUAUAAUAGCCGAGUUCUUAAAUUCAUAACGAGUCCCUAACCACUAGAACGAUGGGUAGGGAGGACAAGGCAACCUGGAAGUCUAACUACUUCACCAAACUCAUCCAAUUGUUGGAAGACUACCCGAAGUGUUUCAUCGUUGGUGCUGACAAUGUCGGUUCGAAGCAGAUGCAGCAAAUCCGUAUUUCCCUCCGUGGAACCGCCGUCGUACUCAUGGGAAAGAAUACCAUGAUGCGCAAAGCCAUAAAGGGUCAUGUUGAACGCAAUCCGGCCCUGGAAAAGCUUCUCCCUCACAUCAAGGGAAAUGUGGGCUUUGUGUUCACCCGCGGUGAUCUCGUUGAGGUCCGUGACAAGCUGUUGGAGAACAAAGUUCGUGCCCCAGCUCGUCCCGGUGCCAUCGCCCCGCUGCCCGUUGUCAUCCCCGCGCAAAACACCGGUUUGGGUCCAGAAAAAACAUCUUUCUUCCAAGCUUUGAGCAUCCCAACCAAGAUUUCCAAGGGUACGAUUGAAAUCAUCAACGAUGUGCACAUCUUGAAACCCGGAGACAAAGUUGGAGCUUCCGAAGCCACACUUUUGAACAUGUUGAACAUCUCUCCGUUCUCGUACGGUUUGAUUGUUGAACAGGUUUACGAUUCUGGCACCAUUUUCGCCCCAGCAAUUCUGGACAUUAAGCCUGAAGAUCUUAGGGAGAGAUUCUUGGCUGGUGUUGCUAACUUGGCUUCAGUCUGUUUGAGCAUUGGAUACCCAACCAUUGCUUCCACCCCACACAGCAUUGCCAAUGGAUUCAAGAACCUUUUGGCCAUUGCUGCUGCUACAGAUGUGGAAUUCAAGGAAGCCACCACCAUCAAGGAGUACCUCAAGGAUCCCAGCAAGUUCGCCGCAGCCGCCCCAGCAGCAGCAGCAGCUCCAGCUGCCGCCGCCCCGGCCGCUAAGAAAGAAGAGAAGAAGGAGGAGUCUGAGAGCGAAGACGACGACAUGGGCUUUGGUCUGUUCGAUUAAAGCGAUUGUCCGACAUGUCUUACAAAUCUGACCGCUCCACAGGAGUGACGGUUUGCAUUUGCUGACUCUGACCGUCAAUAUAAACAUUGAAACACA